AUGACAGCAUCUGUUGAAGGCUACGAAGCUCUCCUCCGAGACUCGACUGAGGAGUCUGGCGAGAGCGGAACCAGUGAGAGAAAUAUGUACCGCGAACAGCGGUCUUCUUUCUGCAAUAAGGUCUCAAAGUACAGUUCAACAUUAGCCUUCUUCCUCGGCGUCUCCCUUCUGGUGAAUUUCGUCUUGAUCCUCUACACCUUUUCGGCAUCCGACCCACAAGACAGCGGCUCAAUCUACGCUGGGCUUCGACGCAACCUGCCCAUCCAGAUUUAUCCAGAAACGGAGUACACCAACACCAAUCUCACCGCCACGGCCGAACUCUGGGAAGCUCUGAGCGGCGAUCCGGGGGUAGUAGCUCUGUCGACAGAGUUUGUGAACAAAAGUCGCCUUCCGCAUGCCAUGCGAUUUCCUUGGGACGAUGAAAAGGGCGUCUACCUGCUCCAAGGGUUCCAUAAUUUGCAUUGUCUUCGGACUCUCUUCCGUUACAUCAAGUAUACGGAGAUGCACCAGCCGCAGCAUAUCGCACUCAGCCAUGCACUGCACUGCCUUGACCAGUUGCGACAAGACGUCAUUUGCAAUGCCGACGACACCCCGCGCUACGCAGGGUUUCAACCUGGUGAUACGCCUACGACGGGCUCGGGACAGGUCCGAAUGUGCAAAAAUUGGAGCGAGCUGGAACGAUGGUCCCUCGCCAACACCGCCUGUUUCAAGCAUCACGAUGAAGUUCCCGGUCCUAUGAUUGAUCGAUUCAAGUCGUGUCCUGAUGGCCAGGUGCUCUGGCCGACGAAGAGAGAAGAAACGACUGCAUCCGAAUCAGCAAGAAAGGCAGGAUGGUAA